ACGGAAUGCGGCCCGAGCCGUCGGCCCUUUCAAGGAUGAGGUACCUCAAGCUGAUCCAGCGUUUGCAGUGUGGAUGCAAGCUGAGCAAGCGAUGAUAGCAAUGGUCCGGAGAAGAAGUUCCCUCCCAAGUCGAGAACUCCAGCUGACGCAGCUUAUCAAAGGCAGGAGGUACGAGACCAUCCAUGCUAUUAUCGUGGAUGCUGAGCGUCCGGCGUCUGAAGCUUUGAGAAACAACUUCAUCAUUGAACGUUCUGGUUUCAAUUCUUACUUUUGGAGGUUUGUUCUUUACAUUCUUUGUUUAUUGCAUGUCCAUUGCAGCAGUAAAGCCGGCCACAGCAUUCAAGGUCGAGAUAGCCACUGACGCUGCUGCAAGGGUGCGCUUUGCAUCAAACGGGAAGAUCAAGAUGUAUGGCAAGCUUUCGAGAGUUAAGGAUGCUCGGCAAGUUUUCGAUCGCAUGUGUGACAAGGACUCGGUGUCUUGGUUCUUGAUGCUAUCUGUGUAUGCGCAAAAUGGUCAUAUGGAAGAGGCCAAGCUGAUGUUUUCCCAAAUGCCGGAGAGGAGUUUGAUUUCUUUCAACAUGAUGUUAUCUUCGCUUGGUCGGUGUGGAUGUGUACAAGAAGCUUACAAAAUCUUUAACGAGAUGCCUCACAGGGAUUUAGUGUCUUGGAACGCCGUGAUCUCUGCAUAUGGCCAAAAUGGGUAUAUCAACGAGACGGUUCAGGUGUUUGAUGCCAUGCCCGAGAGAGAUUUGAUCUCUUGGACGGUAAUUUUAACGUUGCAUGCGAAUAAUAGAAAUUUGGAAGAAGCUAAGAACAUCUUUGAGAAAAUGCCAGAAAGAGAUCUAGCUGCUUGGAACUGUAUGCUGAAUGCAUAUUCCCAAAGCGGGUAUCCGCAGGAGGCAAGGCGUGUGUUUUAUUCUAUGCCUCAGAGAAGUCUCAUUUCCUGGACUGUGAUGUUAAACCUCUCUGCCGCAAAUUCUAGUUUACAAGAAACAAAGAACAUAUUCGAAGCCAUUCCAGAAUUUAAUCUAGUUUCGUGUACGUCAAUGAUUUCUGCAUAUGCCCAAUCAGGGUAUCUCUUGGAAGCUAAAUCACUAUUUGAUAGAAUGCCAUGCUGGAACUUGGUAACAUGGACCGCGAUGCUGGCAGCAUGUGUGCGCGCUGGCAGCAUCUUCAUGGCCGAGGACAUCUUUCAAAAAAUGCCAUUCAAGAAUCCAGUCGCAUGCAACGCCAUGCUAGCCGGAUAUGCCCACGCUGGCAAAGUUGAGCAGGCAAAGUGUAUAUUUGACAAAAUGCCAUGCUGGAGUUUAGUAUCGUGGAGUUCACUGCUGUAUGUCUACGCAGGAUCAAGAGAUAUGGACUUGACACGACGAUUUUUCGAUAAAAUGCCAUACCACCAGCUAGUUUCCUGGAACACCAUGCUUGAUGCUUAUGCCCAAAACGGGUAUAUGGCAGAAGCAAGGGUCAUGUUCAAUGCAAUGGUGGAGAAGGACGUAAUUUCUUGGACUAUAAUGGUUGCUGGCUAUGGCCUUAGUGGCCAGAGUUCACUUGCAAGAAAAUCUUUUGCCCAGAUGCCAGGGAAGAAUGAAGUUUCUUGGGAUGCAAUGCUCAGUGCAUGCACCCAAGCAGGGGAUUCGGUUUCUGUGUUUGAGUUGUUUCACACUAUGCAGAUGGCCGGCAUUUACAACCAAGUUGGAUUUGUCUCCGUUCUCAAUGCUCACGGCCAAGUUGGCAGUGUUAAAUGUGCUAGAAGUUGCUUUGUUUCGAUGGCUUUUGACUGUGGCAUUCAGCCAUGUCACCAGCAUUACUCCUGCAUAAUCGAUGGCUUGGCAAGAGCUGGUUACAUUGACAAUGCAAGAGAACUCAUCGGAAACAUGCCAUUUGUUCCCACUUCUUUGGAUUGGCUGUGCCUUUUAGCUGCAUGUCGGAGCCUCGAGUGUGGAACCUGCGUAUCAAAAUGGGUGUCUGGAAUUGCGAGCAGCAGAGCUAUGUAUCCUCUCCUGGCAAAUGUAUGGACUUGGCAUUGAUAGAAUCUAAGGAAAAAAUAAACUGCUGCCUGGAUUAUGUUGUCAAAUUGCUCGAGAAUUUAAGACUAGAAGUACCAAUUGCGUUUCAUGCUUGAUAAAUUCAAAUAUUGACAAAAUGGGAAAAAUACAAAUCAUUUGUCUAUAUAACACCCAGGAUCUGAGCGUGGACCUCCUGGACCAAAUCACCAGAGGCUCUGAGAGAUCGCGAGCAACUUCAAUCAGACAGAUACCUUGCAAUACCUAGCGAUUGAGGUGUGUGGAAAGUGCACCAGGCGAAAAUUGUGUUUGAUGAUCCGCCUGAGGGAAUGUGUUUGAUUCUAUGCGAAUGUUCUCAAAACUCUUGGAAAACUAGAAAACGAUCAAUGUUUAAUGCCUGACGACGAUACUUGCUGCAUGAUAGGUACUAACAAAAGCAAAUAUUCCUCUGCCCCACGAUGCUCACACGUCGGAGCGAUGGAGAUGGAACGCGAUGCCCUCGUCAUGGCAGCGUGGGCUGCCUUCUUUGGAAUCGAUACUCCAGCUGACUCGAUCCAACGCCUUGGACUCCUCCAAAUCAUGCGGUGCUUCGGUACCCGGCCUAGUCUCGCUGCACCAAACGACGAUUAAGUCAAUGCAAGUGCUACGUCCAUAUCACCCAUGUUUUGUAUACACUUCCUUACAGAUUGGGCUUCACAGGAAUCUUAGACAUGCACGCUUGAUUC